GACGUCAGCGAUGGCGACGCCAACGCCAAAGUCGACGUUGCCGUUGGUUGCCUAUAAAAACCACCGCCUGCGAAGAUCACCCAACCAGUGUGGAUUAUACUAGCCCAGAAACCAGCAAGAUGUUCAAGCUAUCGCUCUGUCUGCUCGCCGCCUUGAUGCUGUCUAAUGUCUAUGCGGACAACAUUAACAAGGAUGCCGUGAUUACCCGCGAGGAAGUGGAUUCUGCCGAUGCCGACGGCAACUACCGAUUCGCCUACGAGACCAGUAAUGGCAUCCAGGCCCAGGAGGCCGGAAACUCCAAUGGAAUUAGCGGAAGCAGCUCCUACGUCUCGCCCGAAGGCAUUCCCAUCUCACUGACCUACGUCGCCGAUGAGAACGGCUUCCAGCCUCAGGGCGAUCACCUUCCCACCGCUCCCCCAAUUCCAGAGGCCAUCCUCCGCGCCCUGGAAUACAUCGCCGCCCACCCCCAACGGCCGUAA